AUGUCCGCCUCGCAUCUCUCCGAGGGAACUCCGCUUCUACGAGAAUCAACCACCUUCCAAAGCACAUCUUAUCGCAGUGUGAUCAACCACACAAAUGAUAUUGAAACAGGCUCAUCGGGUAUCGAAGCCGAGAAUGAGAUUACAUUCCCGGUCCUGACUCAAGUCAGUUCGGCACAACCAAGCCUGGACAUCGAGCCGAGUUUAGAGCGAUAUCCCUCCGCAGGGUCGAGGAGAAAAAGCACUGUUGCUGCGCAUGAAGCACACUCACUAUCCAAGAAAGAAUCGGAUUAUGCCUCCCAAUUCAUCGGCGUAUCACCUUCGCAAUUCUGGGUGAUUUUCUCGGGCAUCUUGCUCGGCUACGUGAUCGGGUUCUUCGACUCCACAUUAAUGGCGUCAAGUUAUCCAGUGAUCACGUCGUAUUUCCAUGCUGCGAAUUCGGCUUCAUGGUUAUCGACUGCGUUUUUACUCACGUCCACGGCAUUUAUGCCCCUUUUCGGGCGCAUAUCCGAUGCUUUGGGGCGGAAGCCGGUAUACCUGUUUUCCAUUUUCAUGUUCUUCGUGACGACAGCAUGGUGCGGUCUGGCUCAAAGUAUCGGUGGUUUCAUUGCCGCCCGGGCUUUCUGUGGUCUGGGUGCUGGUGGAGUCUUCUCGAUGGGUCAAGUCAUCUCGAGUGAUCUCGUGCGCCUCGAGUAUCGUGGGGUCUACCAGUCAUACAUCAACUUGUGUCUAGGUAUCGGAAGCUGUACAGGUUUGGCCUUCGGUGGCCUUCUCUGUGAUCGAAUUGGCUGGCGAGGUGCAUUCCUCGUUCAAUUGCCUUUCAUCUUUGUUUACUUUAUCGUCGCUGCUAUGACCGUGCCAGCAGAACUUGGGAUCAAAUUGGUCGGUUCGGAGCGCAUGACAGUCGUGCAAGUCAUUCGCAAUAUGGACUUGACUGGAUCUUUCUUCUUGGUCUCGGCAGUCACCGCAUUAAUCAUGGGAUUGAAUCUAGGAGGAAAUAUCUUCCCAUGGACUCACCCUCUGGUGAUAUGCUCCUUGGUCGCGGCCGUUGUCUUGGCUAUCGUGCUCGUGCGAUAUGAGCGCAAUGUGCCUCUCGCAGUCCUUCCAGUUGAGCUACUUACCCAGGAGCCUCGAGCCAGUAUCAUAUUCGGAAACUUCUUUGGCUCUGUCUCCGUGAACACGGUAAUGUUCAAUGCUCCCUUGUAUUUCCAGGCCGUCAAGCUUGCUACUCCCACCGACUCUGGCCUGCGUCUUCUGGCUGCCUCAAUUGCCGUGACCGCUUCGAGCGUGGGUACUGGAUUCCUGAUUACAUGGUCCAAACGUUUGAAGCCGACCAUCAUCAUUGGAGGUAUCAGUAUGGCUAUCGGAGGAUGUCUCGCCGCUUCGAUGGGUAUCACCACCCCCGACACUCUCGCCAUGAUCUGUGUCUCGUUCAACAGUCUCGGUCAAGGCUUCGCCUUCCCAAGCCUGAUGGUUUCGAUCUUAGCAACUAGUCAUCAAGACGAGCAGGCUAUCACGACGACCACCUUGGGCUUGGCGCGCAAUCUGGGCUCCGUGAUGGGCGUGUCGAUUAGCAGCUGGAUCUUGCAAAAUGCCCUACUCUUCGAACUUGAGAACAAAGUUACCGGCCCAGACAAGGCGCAAAUCAUUGGUCUGGUGCGCAAGUCCAUUCGUGCUAUUGCUGACUUGGAUCCGCUUCAUCAACAACAAGUCGUCGGAGCAUAUGCUUUGGCUCUUCGUGUAACAUUUCUUUCUGCGGCUGUUUGGGGCACUAUCAUGUUGGUGUUGCACUCGCGACUUCGACUACCCAGACUAGGAAGUAAAGCUUCUGAAAACUAG